UAUGUUACGCUAUAUUGCUUAAGCCGUUGGUUGUAUGUUUGUAUUCUAUGUAGCAAUGCUAUUGAAGAGCAAUAUAGAAGUGACAUUAUUUCUGUUUCUGUGGUUUUUAUUGUCUGUUACUUGUGAAAUAUGCUGUUUUAAGCAUUUGGAGAAAAGUUUUAGCGCGGUGGCAUAAAAUGAGAACUAUUGAAGCUAAGGUUGUGGUGCUUGGAGCGCAAGGUGUUGGAAAAACUAGUAUGGUUGUGAGAUAUGUUGGCAAGAUGUUCAGUCAUCACAUCAGCCCAACGAUUGGUGCGUCUUUCUUCACUUGCAGAUUAAAUGUUGAAGACACACGUGUCAAGUUACAGGUUUGGGAUACUGCUGGGCAGGAAAGAUUUCGUUCCAUGGCCCCCAUGUAUUAUCGGAAUGCCAAUGCUGCACUCAUAGUAUUUGAUAUCACACAAUAUGAAACAUUUGAUGCUAUGAAAACCUGGGUGAAAGAACUACAACGCAAUGUUCUGGAGCCUAUGGUUCUGAGUGUCGUUGGGAAUAAGACAGACCUAGAGUCACGGCGUCAGGUCACAAGGGAAGAAGCUUUGCAGUAUGCAGCCUCUAUUGGUGGAAACUACUUUGAAUCAUCGGCUGUAAAUGAUGAAGGAAUAGAAGAUGUGUUUCUCAAUACAGCCAUAGGGCUGAUUCGACUAGCCCAGGAUUCUCUGUGCUCUAGCCUAAGGAUCUAUGACUUAAGUGACCCAAUGAGUCCUGUUUCAAGUGUUGGAAAUGAAAGUGGAGUCGGACAGAACCACCAUUCCUUGCAGAUGACAUCAGUGGAACAUGCAGAAGUUGAAAGACCAAGAUUGUGCUGCUAGGCAAGAUGAAACCUUGCGGUUGCUCAUUUUGUUUUAUUUUCCAUUGCUUGAUUGUGCCAAGGAAGUCACCAAAACCUUUCUGUGAAAUUUAGUGGUAGUUUUUGUAAGGCAUAGCUGUAAACUGCAAAUUUGAGAGAUACCUCCAAGAUGUUUGCAUAAAAUAACAAGUACAGGCUUCAGCAGUAAUGUUGGUAUACCAAGUUGUUUUCUGGGGAUUUGUAAAAUUGUUCUUAUUCGCUGUUUCAAUUUCAGUUUUCAAUUUACUGCAUAUCUGUGUCAAUACAACACCAGGUUCAUGCUGGUACACAGAUUAUUCAUGUGCAUACAUAUGCCUACUUGCAUUGGGUCUUAGGUCCUGUUACAGCUGCUCUUGUUACCAUCAUUGUACCGUCACUCUUCUUGCUAUUCCCUCACUAUUUGCUAUAUAUAUAUAUAUAUUUCUGUUUCCCCAUAACCUUCUGCCUUGUAUCUUAUACUAAUUUUACUUUCUAAUUACAUUUAAUUUUAGCACAAAUAUUAUGUUCCUGGCCAUUAUCCAUCAUCCUGUAUUUAUUCAAAAACACU